GACCCCUCCCUGGGGUAGUAGAGUUGGAUUGAGUGGGUUUAGGCCCGGCUCUGGCUUCGGGUCAGGGCUGCGGUCGGGAGUGGCUGUGAUUUCAUGUGGGUCUAGAAUCGGUCACCCACCAGGCCCAGGCUCGGAGCUGUAGUCGGACCUAACUCGGAUUGAAUCCGCCUGUCCGGACGGUUUCAUUCGUGUGGGAAUUAGCUUCGAGUACUCAAUCUUUCCUUUAUACCACACUGUUAAUGGAUGUCCUUUAGCACCUCUCGUCAAAUGUGUUUGACUAGGUAUGCCGGCUUGUUUCUUACUGGAUGUUAAGUGCCAGAGGUUCGCAUAGAGGGCUGUUCAAUCACUUUGCAUGAUAAAGACUUGGAUAAUCUCAUGAAGAUAUUGCAGGAGACAUAGCCGGCAACCAUGGAAUUUUAUGAAUCUCAGUAUCUCCUCAUCAUCAUCCCAGCAGUGGUGAUUGCUGUAAUUUUUCUGUUCUUCUGGCUGUUUAUGAAGGAAACUUCAUAUGAUGAAAUACUUGCUAAACAAAAACGAGAUGUAAAACUUGUCCCAGCAAAAGUUGACAAGAAGAAAAACGAGAAGAAAAAGAAUAAGAAGAAAGAGAACCCAAAUGGUAACUUGCAUGAAUCUGAUUCAGAGAGUGCAGUGCGAGACUUUGAAUUGAUGGAUACGUUGACACCUGAUGAUGAGCCACCCAUUCAUAUUGUGUCACCUAUAGUCGAAGUUUCAGCUGGAUUAAAAGAGAGGAAGAAGAAAGAUAAGAAAACAUCGAGACCUAUGCAAGAAGAACCUUUGGGGAGGGAUUUUGAAGGAUCAAAACCUGCAGCAAAGAAAAAUGAACCCCCCCCAGUUACCAAGCAGCCUACUCCUCCAGAAAUGUCAAGUUCUAAAAGAAAGACUGGGCACAAGAAGCAUAAGAAUGGCACAGAUGAACCAGCUCAGGAUAUUCGUAAUAUCAAAGAACACACUGAAUCUGUUCAAUCCGUUACCAAAAAGCAAGAACCAAUGCUUCUCUCAAUGGAGACUAAACCACAUGAAAGUGGACUUGGGAAAAGAAAAACUGCACCCAAAAAACAAAGAAUAGAACCAGUUUCAGCUUCAGUGGAGAAUCUCCCAUUGAAGUCCACAGUCUACAUUGCUUUGGAUAAUGCUGAGGGUGGUGGUCAUGCUGAAAAGAGGGAUGCUGUGGUUGAUGACAAAAGCGAAGUGAUCAGCAGUGCAAUGCAAAAACCUGCUGCCAAGAAACAGAGAAAUGAAUAUGAUAAAGAAAAUGCAGAUAUCAAAUUUAAGGAUUUUCUCUCUUCUUUGAAAACUAUGACAUUCACUGAGGAAGAGGCUAUCUAUGUUGCUGAUAUUCUAAAAGAGAAGGCUAUUGUGCUUCAAGAUAUUUGGCAGAAACCUGGAGUAAAAUGUGAUCCAGUACCUGGAUUACAGCAGCAGUUACAAGAUAAAGAAAAGUUACUUCAAGCUUUACAAGAUGAGGUUACUCUCUCAAAUGAUAAGUGCAAACAGUUGAACCAGGAGUUAGUGACUGAAAAGCAGAAAGCCAAUGUAGUUGAGACCAAACUAAGGGAACAACGCACUGCCCUCGAAAAAGAACUAGGAGCUUUGCAGAACAAGUUGCAAGUUAGCUACCAGGAUCAUAUGAAUGAAACUCAGAUGCAGUUUCGCCAGCUUCAAGAUCAAACAGAAGCAUUGAAACAAGAAAACAGGAUCCUGAGAGAUGCUGUGAGCAAGGCCCCCACUCAAAUGGAGAGCAAACAGUCAACAGAACUGAACAAGCUGCGUCAGGACUAUGCCAGAUUAAUGAAUGAACUUACAGAGAAAACAAAUCGCCUUCAACAGGAAGAGGCACAGAAAAAGAACUUGGAGGUUUCUUAUGAACAGACUGUUCAACAACUUAAGACUCAGCUGCAGGAGGAAGUUGAAAGGAGACAAGAGGAUAUGCAGAAAUUUCUCAGGAACAUAACAACAGAGCAUGAGAAAAGGCUAACAGAAGUUCAGGGUGCAAAACAAGAUUUACAAAGUAAACUUCUGGUUGCCGAAAAUGAAAUUGGUAAUAAAACCAAAGAAGUCCAGAGCUUGCACAGCAAACUCACUGAUACCAUGGUAUCCAGACAACAACUCGAACAAAAGAUUAUGCAGAUGGUAACGGCAGAGCAAAAGCGAGCUACUGCAGAUGAGACCUUGAAGAAGCAAGUGCAGGAUCUUUUGGAACAGAAACAAGCCAUGACAGCUCAGAUACAAAAUCUUCAUGCCCAAAUGGCAUCACAGGCUUCUGCAGUAUGUGUAGUGGACGAGUUGCAGAAAACGAUCGCAGAGAAAGAAAAACAAAUAAAGAUGAUGGAGGAAUCUUUAGAAGACAGACAUCUUCAUGUUACAAGCAAAGAACAAGAUAUACAAAGUUUGCAGAAAGAGAAAAAGACUUUAACAGCUGAAGUGCAAAAGUUGCAGGUUCAGACAUCUGAACAGGCUUCAGCUUUAUGCAUGUUGGAACAGAUGCAAAAAGGUCUUCAAGAACGGGAUGAAAAAAUAAAAACAGUUGAAGAGCUAUUAGAAACUGGACUUAUUCAAGUGGCAAACAAAAGGGAAGAAAUUGAGGACUUGAGGGAAGAAAAUAAAACUUUAAACCAAAAGAUUCAAGAGCUUCAAAUGACAAAUGCUGAACAGGUUGCUUCUGCAUCCAUGGUGGCAGAACUUCAGAAAACAAUUCAUGAGAAGAAUGAAAAAAUUGACUCUAUUGAAAGUGUGUUGCAGUCACAGUUGUGUGCAAUUGAAAAUAAUGACAAAACAAUGCAGGCUUUAAAAAAUGACAAUGAUGUGCUCAGAGAGCAAGCAAAAAAUGCUCAACAGGUUUCUACUGCAGCAAAACUGGAAAAUCUUGAGGAAACAAUUAGAAUGCAAGAACAAGAAGUUGACUCUUUGAAAGCUGCAUUGGUAGACAGUAGAGAAGCAGCUGCUAAGAAGAUGUCUGAAAUUCAGGAUGUCUUGCAAGAAAAUGAUGAAUUGAAAUUGCAGGUACACCAGUUACAUUCAGAAAUCAAUAAACAAGCUGAUUCUGUAUCCAUGGUGGCAGAACUCCAGAAAGCACUUGCUGACAAGGCUAGAGAGAUCAAAAAAGUUGAAGACCAGUUGGAAAAGGAGCUGCUUAAGUUAGAAAAUAAUGAGCAAAAAUUUCAGGAUUUGCAAGAAGAUCACAACUUGCUGAAGAAGCAAGUAGAAAAUGUCCAGCUUCAAACAGCGGAGCAGGUUUCCACUAAAACAAAUCUGAUAAAGGAAUCUCAAAUUAUAAUUGAAAGUAAAGAACAAGAAAUUAAUAACUUGAAGGCUACACUUUGCAACAGCAGAGAGGAAGUUGCUAUCUUUGUUACAAAAUUGCAGGAUCUUCAGCAUGAAAACGCAGGACUAAAAAUUCAAAUUCAACAGUUGUACGAUAAAACCAAUGAACAGGACUCUGCACUGCUCAAGAGUGAAGUAUUGCUGAAUGUACUUUCGGGAAAAGACCAGGAGAUUGAUUCUUUGCAUCGAGAAAUGGAGUCACUAAAGGCAGCGGUUAAUCAGCAAAGGAAGAAAAACAAUGAACUGCGGGAGAAAAACUGGAAAGCAAUGGAAGCAUUGACAUCAACUGAAAAAAUGUUGCAGGACAAAGUGAACAAGACAGCCAAGGAGAAAGAUCAACAAGUUGUUGCUGUACAGUCAUUGACCAGAGAUGUUCUGAAAAAACUGUUUCCCAGGGUGCUGGUGGCUUCUACCUCGGAAUAUUCAGAGUGGUUGCAGGAGUUUGAGAUUGCAGCACAAAAAACUUUGUCUUCAUUGCUAGCAGAACAAACAAAGGUCAUGGAACACAAAGAAAAAGAUGGUGAGGAAAUGCAUGCAAUGUUGCAGUUAGAGUGUGAAAAGUACAAGACAGUACUUGCCGAAACAGAAGGAAUUUUACAGAGAUUGCAAAGCAGUGUUGAAGAGGAGGAAGGCAAAUGGAAAUUGAAACUAGAAGAAUCCCAGCAGGCAUUGAUGCAGAUGCAGUCAUCAGCUCGCACGCUGGAACAAGAAUUGGAAAGGGUGAAACGUGAAAGCACAGAAGCUGAAAGUCUUAGAAAACGAAGCACUCAUCUUGCAUCUGAGUUGGAAAAGGUGGAAUCGGAAAGAGCCACUUGUGUAACUGAAGUCAGAGAACUUAAAGUUCUGUUGACUGAAUUACAGAAAAAACUUGAUGAUUCUUGUGCUGAAGCAAUAAAGCAGAAUGAAGAACUAAAUUUGCUUAAAACUCAGUUAGCUGAAACAUUAGUGAAACUGAAGACUGAACAGAAUGAGGCACAGAAUGUGGUUUCCAAUCUGUUUAAGGCUGACGAAUCACUGAAAGUUAUUCAGGCAGAAAUAGCAAGAACCCGAAGAGAUGGCAAUGCCAUAGAUAAUAGUGACAUUUCAGAAGUGAAGAUAGAUACUAAGAAAACAUCUGUGGAUCUCGAUCAGAAUAUAAUUCAACUGCAACAACUACUAAAAACUCUGAUUCUUCAGCUCUCAAAAGGAAGGGAAAACUCUCAACAUGUUACUUUGCAGCUUGAGCAACAGGUAACUGAAGUGCUGAAGGAAGGAGCUUCUGUUUGAAGAUGGUGCUAUGGUUUGCACCUUGAUUUGCCAAAUCUAAGCCUUAUUUAUGUUUUUCGCCCUUCUUAAUUGUCAAACACUGAAUAGAGCUUUACUUUUGUGUUUUUUUUUAAAUAUUGGAUUAAACUACUGAUUCAAAAAAUAUUGUAGGCGGCUUGAAAGUUUUUAGUUUUAUAAAACAUGGUAUCCUGUCUGUACAUUCCUAAACGCAAAGAAAUUAUUUAAAUUUUUUGCUAAAUGCCAAUGUUGACUACCAGCAAAUAUAAUUUGGGCAGAACCAGGAGCUAAAAAUAAUUCUAGUGGCACAUUUACUUUUGGGUUUAAAAUUAGACUUUUGGGGUAAUCUGUUAAUUUUCAGCAUUAAACACUCCAUGUUGUCGCUAACAUAGAAAAUCUGAAGAAUUUUCUAAGAGUUAAUCUAAAUAAAGGGAUGCUUGUUUCUCAGCCAAAAGACUGAAGCUUCAUUCAGUAAAGCACUACUGUUUUUACUGCUGUGUGGCCUGAUGAAAUGUUAAUGUAGACAGCAGUAUGUCAGUUGAUUACUAUACAUGUCCCUUUUUGAGGGUUGAAUAGUAACAUUCUACAAUAAAUGUUGAAUAUUCAGUUAUUGCUGACUUAAUGGUACAAACUGUUUUUCUGUUCAGUGGGCUUGAAAUACAGUUGACCUGUGGUGCAUUGGAGGCAUUUGUGGCUACAUACCCAAGCUGCUAGUUUAAAAAAAAUGGUUUAUGGGGGGGAGAAAAGGGGUAAACAGUUCAAAUUGAUGCUGCUUUGAUAUUUUACUGUUUUCUUUAAAGUAGAAUUGAAACUAUUUACAUUUAAGGAGCUGCCAUUUUAAUAAAAAGUUAUGAACUGUAAAUAAGUCCUAUGUAAAAAUGAGGGAAAAAAUAAAAUCUCAUUUGCAUCUUG